UGGUACACACCCUAAACAGGGUGGGGUUUAGGUGUGGUCAAUAGGAUACUGAUUGGAUCUUGUUUGUCUUUUUCAGGUCAUGUCUAACUCCAUCAACAUUCAUGUCAGUCAUGGAUCAAAGGUAGAGGAUAUAUUGCUGGAGGAUCCUGAUAGCACUAGCAUUGGCGACUUGAAAGCUAUUAUUCAUGAAAAGUUUGGAGUUCCUAUUGAAGCACAGAAACUAAUAUUUAAAGGAAAGACUCUUAGGAAAGAAGAUGAGUUAGUCAGUGAAGCAGGAAUAAAGAAUAAUAGCAAAAUAAUGCUAUUGGGAAGAAAGACUGAUCCAGCUCAAGACGAGUGUCUCAAGAAGCUUGACAAUAUUUCAGAAUCAACAAAUACUAUUGAGAGAAAGAUUAAGAAGGUUGAACAAGAGCUGGAGGGGAUUGAAAAGGGUUUCCUGUUGUCAGAGCUAGUCUCUGAAUCUUGUGAUAAGUUACGUAAACAAAGUUUGUCGUGCAAUGAGAAUUUAAUGAAGAAUCUAGAGGAACUAGACACUAUAGUACCUUCUGCCACAGAAACUCUUGUGAGAGGAAAGAGAAGGACACUAGUGGUACACAUUCAAUCAUUAAUGGUACUAACUGAUAAGAUAACUGAUAGAAUUGCCACUGCAAGCACAAAAUAAUUAUUUUGUUUACUAUACAUGCAUAUCAAUGAAUCU